AUGUCUGCGGAGGAGCAGUUACCAUCAGAGAUGACAGACGAUGAAGAUGAUAUAAAAGAGAUACACGAGGAAGAUUCCACGAAUGAAGAAGAAGACGAGAGUGAUUCCGAAGACUGGGAAGAGGUGACGAUGGUUGUAACCGUCAACGGAAUUUUGGACGCUGAUCUUGUGAGGGAUGCCGUUGAACGGGAUCUCAUAAAAUUGCGAUAUGGUGACACCGAUGUCCCAGUUCUACAAAUCAAUAAUUCCCUAUACACAGCAGCCUGGAAUCAAGACCUCGGCACAAACAUAGUCCUUCAAUCAAAGGGAAAAGAAAUGGAGGUUGUCUCCUGUACGUCGACGAUGAUGGCUGCUGAAAAAGCUUUGCUAACAUCUUUAAGCACUGAAGGAUCGACUAUUGCAGCGAAAGCCGAAGUUGCGCCACGGGCUGCAUUGAGCCGAACACAACCACGAGGACAAUAA